UAUUUCCCUGUUCUGUCUCUGGGAUUCAGGAGACUGUGUGCAGUGUACAGACAAACAAGUGUUAUAGAUUAUAUUUAUCAAGUGCUUUAACAUAAAUUGUAAUUAUGACAUUUGUAACUCUUAAUAAUGGAGCUAAAAUGCCCCUUGUUGGCCUGGGAACCUGGAGGUCUGAACCAGGAACGGUAAGAGAGGCUGUGAAGGCAGCUAUCCUAGCCGGCUAUCGUCACAUUGAUGGGGCACAUGUCUAUGAAAAUGAGACUGAAGUUGGAGCUGGUAUAAAUGAUAUGAUUAAGCAGGGGGUGGUGAAGAGAGAAGAGCUUUUCAUAGUCAGCAAGCUGUGGUGCACACACCACGAAAAGCACUUGGUCAGAGGGGCGUGUGAAAAAACGCUAACUGACCUUAAACUGGACUAUGUUGAUCUGUACCUAAUGCAUUUUCCAAUGGGUGUCAAGCCUGGAAAAGACUUUUUUCCAUGUGAUGAGAAUGGCCAUGUUUAUCCAGACAACAGCAACUUUCUGGAGACAUGGGAGGCGAUGGAAGAGUUGGUGGAUGCUGGACUGGUUAAAGCCAUUGGUAUCUCCAACUUUAACCGAGAUCAGAUGGAGACAAUCCUGAACAAACCAGGACUCAAGUACAAACCUGCCAACAAUCAGAUUGAGUGCCACCCAUACCUGACUCAGGAAAAGCUCAUUGACUACUGUCACUCCAAAGGCAUUACUGUCACUGCAUAUAGUCCUCUGGGUUCCCCAACAAGACCAUGGGCAGAGCCGGAUGAGCCGUCCCUCCUGCAGGAGCCAAAGAUCAAGGCCAUUGCAGAUAAGUACAGUAAAACAACAGCACAGGUCCUAAUUCGCUUUCAAAUGGAACGAAACGUUGUGGUCAUUCCCAAAUCCAUAACCCCUGAACGAAUCAAAGAGAAUUUCCAGGUCUUUGAUUUUAAACUAACCAAAGAGGACAUGGAUACUAUCUUCAGUUUUAAUAGAAACUGGAGGGCCUUUAUGUUGGAAUGGGCAUCCAAUCAUAAGGAUUAUCCACUGAAUGCAGAAUGCUAAUUGUGAAUGAACAGGGUUUGGGACAUCGGAACUGUAAUGCGAUUACAGAUAACUCCUGAAUUCCUUUCUGGGACCACUGAAGUACGUCUGUCUGUCUACAACACAGCAGAGAUGACUGUGAUAACUGAUAAAAACUGUUAUAAGUAUUUGUUCAGCACCCAUUUGAGGGGCCAAACCUGAUGAAAUUAAAAGUUUAAGUAUUUGUUACCAGACAUAUUCUAUUGUUAUUAUUAUUAUUAGUAGCAGUAGUGGUUGACCAAGUCUAUUUUUAUGCAUUAGUUUAAAAUAUUGUCUUUUAAUAUCUUAUCUGAAAAGAAAUCAUUUGAUGUUGGUUGGACCCAUAGAUAAAUGUAAAUGCUUGUUACAGAAACCCUCACAGAACCCCCUUAACCCUCCCUUUUUAGGGGUGUAUUUAGUUCUGGCCAAUCAAAUAAAGAUAAAACCAUGUCAUAUUCCAUUUUUUACAUUAAAAAACUAACCAGAGAGCAGAUGAGUUUAAUGUCAAAGCAUCAUUCGAUAUACAAAACAACACCUGCUUUUGCAAAUAAACUGGUAGUGUUUUUCUAAUCAUGUUCUGAAUAGGAGUGUGCCAUAUAUAAAAACAAUUCCCUGAACCACCAUAACUUGUUUGAAAAUAAACUUUGUUUCCGGUCAAAGUUUGUAUCAUCUUUCAAAUAAAACAAAUUGGCAAGUG